AUGGACAGUGAAGGGGUUAGGGUUGUGGCGGCGCCGAUCGCCAGUGCCAUCGCAGCCAAACAGAUGCCCAUCAUAUAUAUAAUAACGCCGACGUAUUCGCGGCCGACACAGAUCCCAGAGAUGACACGUUUGGCGCAAACACUAAUGCAUGUGAAGAAUAUACUAUGGAUUGUUGUCGAGGACUCGACCACCAAAUCCGUAGCACUGAUGGAACUGUUGGGCCGGUCGGACAUACCAUACGUUCAUCUAUUGGCGCCCAAACCCAAAGAGCACCGCAAUGUGUUGAAAGACGGUCGCGGAGUGUCUAAUAGACUUCGGGCGUUGGACUGGAUUCGGGAGAAUUGUCGGUCAGUCGCCGACCACCAGACAGCAGGUGUCAUAUACUUCGCCGACGACGACAACACGUACGACAUCCGACUCUUCGAUGAGAUCCGGCCGACCAAAGGUGUGUCUGUAUUCCCCGUCGGCCUAAUAGAGGGCACCGGUCUGUCGGCCCCUAUACUAAACAACGUGACGGCCAAAGUGAUUGGAUGGCACGACCCGUGUCCGGGCCGUAAGUUUGGCGUCGAUAUGGCCGGCUUUGCCAUCAGUUUGGAUCUGUUUCUUAGCCGACCCAACGUCUCGAUGGUAUAUAAGGCCGGUUUCGUUGAGGACUCGUUCCUACGCUCG